UGCAACAGUUUAAACCGCGGUGUAAACCUCGCAGAUCUGUGACUUUCUGCAGCAACAGCAGCAGGCGGUUGGCAGGUUUGGGGCGGAGGCGGAGCUGGAGGGAAUUGGCUGGCUCUGUGAUUGGCUGAGCAGCGCGACGUGUACAUCUGUUAGCAACAGGUAGUCGUUCACAUGUGACAGUUAUCUGGGAGCCGGACGGUGAUGUGCUGCUGCUGUCUCUGUCUUUCUUUGCUCCUCUAAUUGACUUUAUGGCGCUUAUAAUGACUGGCUGCGUGGUGACGCUUUUUCUGUAAAGAAAGAGGAGGGAAAAUAUUAGUUUAACUUCCCAGGAUUCUUCAAGCUGAGAUCUGUUCUGCCAGAGAUAGAGGAGCAGCAAGAUGAAGUCCAAAGGGAAGGCUGUGAAACCAUCCAGAAGGACCUGGUCUGACCCGGAGCCAGAAUUCGAGCCAGACACAGAGCCAGGCUCCAGUGAGCAGGAAGGCUCAGAGGCCUCGCUCCGGAUCCGUGGCUCCUGGAGGGGCUCUCUGAGGAGCGGGGGUGGGAAGAGGCAGGGAGGAGGCCGGCGGCGCAAACAUGGAUCCAGCACCAAAGAGCGUAGCAUUCGGCGACUAGAAAGCAACGAAAGGGAGCGCCAGCGCAUGCACAAACUCAACAACGCCUUCCAAGCGCUGCGCGAGGCCAUCCCACAUGUCAAAACUGACAAGAAGCUCUCCAAGAUCGAAACACUGACCCUGGCUAAGAAUUACAUCAAAGCUUUGACCACCAUCAUCCUGGACAUGUCAGGGGGGUGCCUGCCUGCUGGCGGGGUCCCUUCGGAAGCCAGCGCUGCCAAGCUCCUCCAGUGCUACCAGCAGCACCUGGAGGAGGAGGGGGAGGAGGGUCUCACCCAGUACCUCACCAGCAUGCAUAGUUUUAGCCAGCAAAGCUAACAGUAAGAUUAAAGUGAGGAGAGCCACCAGGAGGAGGGAUGGACACAUCACAAACAUUAUCCACUUCCCACAGUGGCACUGCUCUUGGAGAUGUUCAGCAGUGUUUCCUGUGGGAAUUGGGCUCUUUUCCAGAUCACAGACCUCUAAUAAAUGCUAGCAAGAGGUGUGCUGUGCAGAACUUGCUCCUCACGCAAAAUAUGGAAUGAUUUAAGGGAGCAUUCAUGCAGCAGACACAAAGACUGCAGACAUGGACCACAGUUAUGUUCUGUUUUUAGAAAAGGGCUUUGCCACUAUUGUUUUUCAUUCUCUCUUUUUCUUGCCUGUUGUGGUUUAAACUGGGGAAGGGGACUGUUCUCUUUUGUGUUAUCUUGUCAUCUUUUAUCCUCUCGAGAAACCUGCUCAGCGUAACCUCCAGCCAUAACCGUUACAUCCAGGAAAGGAUGGCAGAUAACCAAGCAGAAGGCUUAAAUAUUAAAAUGGUGUUGCAAGAGAGCGUUUGCACAUAAUGAUCCACCCUUAAUCUGAAUACACGGCUUGCUUCUCUUCUUUUGCACACAGACGAGGCAGAAGAGCUCAGAGAGACGCAGCUGCUGUUUAAAGUGUGUUACUUGCUUUUUUUGUGUGUUGCUGUGUGUUUGGGUUGCAAACUUUGUAUGAAACAUCAGAAGGGGAGAAACCAUUUAUGUUGUUAUUAAUAAACACAUUUAUUUAU